UUCAGCAGCCGAGAAAAACUUGCUCGUUUCAAGGAUAUAACUUUGUUAUUUACAAUGUGAUGGUGUAACGUGUAGCAUUCAGAUUUGGUGGUAUUGUAAAAUUAUGUAUUUAGUCCGAGUCAAUGCAACCAACGUGUGUAAAGGCAGUUUGUGCGACAGUUGUAAUUUCUUUAAAGAUUUGAGGUCAAAGUUAAGGAAAUUGGACGAUUCUUAGAACGCAGAGGAAUAAAACCGUUCUAUUCGAACGAAAAAAAUGUAAAUUCCUGAACUUGUUCUUGAAAUGUUUUGAAAACCCAUUGCCCAAACUGCCUCAAGAAACGUUGGUUGAAUUGUCCUGGACGAUAUAAUUAAAACUUUCAACAAAAUCAGACUGCAACGCUUUACACAGUCACAUUGUUAGAUAUCGAACAAUAAUAAUCCUAUCGCUUUUGAGCAUUAAAUUCUUUCAUUUUCUACGCACCUGAAAAGUUAGAACUCUGCAUUUUUUAUAAAUUGUACGAUAUACUUGUGGUCGUAUUCUGAAUAGACUUAGGUGUGGUCAAUGUUUAAUUUUAAAAGGACCAAAGUGCACAAAAAAAUUUAGGUUGAUCUAUUUGAGUGCAAUUUGAGUGCCGAAAUAAUAAUGCGUGAAUUAAAAUCUCGUAAUAAGCUGAGAUGCCAAUAUGUUGGCCCAAGAAGUCUAGUAGUGACGAAAAAUUUUUAAUUUAAAAACCACACCUUCCGCCGGUGUGGUUAUUAGUUAUUUAUUUAUUGUUAACGUAAUUAAAGGUUUACAAAUUUAGAAUUGCACUUAUGUCUUUUUAGAAUUUUUAUGCAGUUUGGUCUUUCUAAAAUUAAGCGUCGAUUGCACAUAUAUAGGUCUUUUUAAAAUUAGCUAUCGACUGCACCUAAGCCUUUUUAGAAUUAGUACGAUGAUGCACAGAAACUUGUUAUGAACCAGCACCCGUCAUUCAUGUUGGGGGGAUACCUUACAUUUACCAAUAAGGCAAUUAAAGCUUCGUUAGAUUCACACAAAACAACGCGUCUGCCAAACGUGGAUCCUGAUUCGACAGUUGCAAAACCUAUCUGCAGCUAUAUAACUUCAAAUUUCCGCCCCGAUCCAAUGGCGUCCAUAAAUACGAAUAAACGGGAUAAUAAACAGACCAACAAUUUACGUGGUAGCGUUGCAAGUAAGAACUUUCCUACAAAGUAUUCUGCCCCACCGAGUGGACAUCUAUCUCGCUCCCGAAUUUCACCGGAUGAAUCAAAAAUUUCAACCCACCCUCCCGUCAAAUUUCACAACGAUUAUGUAAACAAUCUGUUUGUCUCACUUGGUCGUUUACAAGAAGAGGAAAGCAGAUCCAAAAAAUAUCCAAUGGAUAUAUGGAGCAUAUGUGACCAGUGGGGAAUCUCUAAUAUCCGAAUUAAACUGGAUGAGAAUAUCAAUGCCACAUUUCGUGGGUGGGCCACUGAGGGGUUCAGGUUUGGCCAGGAUUUUUGUUUCGAAAACGCAAUCGAACGCAUAUAUUGGGAAAUGUAUCAGGAAAACCCUGAUAAUAGGAGAUUAUGUAACGAGUACCAGGAUAGCUUAAUACUUCGAAAGCGGAAUAGAGUAUUGAUUGUUCGAGCUGCGAUCGAAACACUUAAAGAAUUUAUGCAAGAGGUGAACCAAACAUCUGGCAGUUCUAACCGCGAUUACAGACUCAGUAUAGCAUCAAGUAAUCGCCAACUUUUAGCUUCAGAAACUUUCCUAUAUAUUGUUCGCAACCCGAAUCCAAAUCGUCAGGACUUUCAGUUUUACCAACGUCUAAUUCAGACUGGUUCGGAGGCUUUGUUUUCCCAAUUUUAUGCAACUAUGGUCCAUGAUUUAAUUUCCGAAUGCUUCACCGAACUACAAAAGAGGGUAGAUGUAAAUUUCAUGCAUUGUUUGAAAUACCUCAAAAUCGCGCAGGAACUGGGAAAUAAGUACAUCAGGACCUUGCGUAGCUUCAGGUACUGUAGAAACGGUAUAAAUAUCAUAAAUGAUGAACUGUUGCAAAAUUUCGUUGCGCUGGUGGAUGUUAGUAUUGACACUUUUUCAAGUCGAAUUUUUCAGUCGCUUGAUGAAAUGCAGGAAUACGCCGAUAAGAAAAUGAUGUCCUUAGUUGCAAAGUAUAACGAGGGUAUGCUCGCACAUGUAUCUACGAACGAAAACAGCAUUGUUACGGCCCACAAGAAAAUGUGCAGCGAUGCAAUAACCAUGUUUUUUAUGGAGUUAGAGAAUUGUAAACAUUGCACGGCAGAACUAAGAGAGUACUUUGUUACCAAGCUUAAACUACGUUUGGACGCAGAUUUCGCAAUUCAUUUGGAAAGGUGCAAAGCAAGAAAAAUUGAACGCCAUUCCGCUGAAGUGGUUGAGCCUGGUUGGGAUACUUACGCAAUAAUUUAUUUGGAAUUAGACAAAAUAUCCUUUGUCUUUGUGUCCAAUGAGGAGGGAUAUCAUCAAAGGAAUAUUAAACAAAUUAAGGGUUCCGAACAUGUCAUAAUUACCAAGGACAAUGAAGCCUUUGUUGGAGAUUUAGUCACGUUUUCUAGCCAAAGGAUCGAUAGGAAAAAAUUAGUCCAGUCGUUACUCUCGUGUAGGGAGAAAAAAGCCGACACAGAAUUAUUUUUUGCCAUCCUAUUUAAACACAUUGUCCAGCUGAGGGGUGACCACGUGGUGGACAAACUUGUGCUCAUAUUAACACAAAAUUUUACUUGCACGUUUUCGACCUUGGUCCAGAAUGCCCUUGAAACAGCACACGUAAAGGAUUCUAUCGUAAUUAAUGACGCUUAUAACCUACCAGUUAGCAAAAAGGUGGGCAAAUACAACCACGAACUAGACAGGUGCUUCUCCUCUUGCCUCUUUGUUCUUCAUGAAACACGUUUUGAAAAGGGCCGUUUGGAUGAGAAGGUACUGUCUUAUUUUGACCUGCAUGAGCGCAGGCUUCGAAUGACGAUAUCCCACAUGGACUCAAAGUCACGGGCAGAAUCCAAGAAAAUUUAUGUAACAAACUUUCUAACGCGAAGAAUCAAUUUUAAAAUAUUGAAAACAAGCACAAUUUCUUUUUCUGAAGUGAUUGACAAAAGGGAGGAAAAUUAUCUUGGAUAUCUUGAGGUGAAAGGUCAAACUAAGAAUGCUACUUGUACCUUCUCCUGUCACAUUUCACCUAGUCUAAACUUCGGUGUUAGAGUUGAAGAAAGGGACGAUUGUUCUAUUUCGUGGACUCGAACGACACGAAAGAACCAGCGGGAGGACAGUGUAAGAAUUAAAAAUAAUAGGGCAGAACUUGAGAAGGUAUCGUUUUCAAAGGACAUGGUACCAAAUCCGGUACAAAUUUUGAAGAAUGUUGUUCUUCGAGUUGAGCACAAUUUGAGGCAUCAUCCAGGCUUGAAACAAUUUACGGUUAAUCGCAUUACAAAAGAGGUGGUGGCUGCGGAGGAAAUAAUUAAAGAUGCGGGUGACCCCGAUCGGAUUCAAGAUAAGAUAAAGCUAUUAGAAAAGUCGAUACCGCUUUGGUUUAAAAGUGUUUAAAGAUUGUUACAGUCUUACGUAAAGAUGUUACCCUUUUGGAAAGAAUCAAAAUUAUGUUCGUGUUAAACUAUACUAAACGCAAAGUAACUUGCCUCUUUGUAUAGUUAACAUUACGCUGGUUUUAUCAUAAUUUACUUAAUCAUUUACAUAGUUACUUUCCAGAAAGUAACAUUAUUUUUAACUAUGUAUAAGUUACAAAAUUAUGUUGUAGCAUGUGUAAUAAAAAACGCAACUGUUGCAACGUAACUGUUGCGUUGCAUGCAAAUUUUUAUCGAUAUCUAUACAUAUUUACGACUAUUUAUAGAGUGGCCAUUAAAAUUGUGUUAUCAGAAACUGGGUUUUAUGCAGAGAAUUGGCUAGAUUUUAUGCAGUAAAAUUUAUGCCGAAACAAUUUGUGCACAAAAUAUGCAGAAUUAUACAUAAUUGUCCUAAACCUUUCUGCAGAAUAUUUAUAUCUGUCAGAAGUUUUAUGCAGAAUCGUUCAUACUUUUUCUUCACAAGCCAUUGUUCCGGCUACUUGUGUAGAAUUAUGUCAAAUUCGACAUACGAUUUUCACCCCUAACUCAAUUCGGCUUGAGAAAAAAAAAUACGUGACGAUUCGUUUAAAAAUUGGUUAGAGUGUAACUUAUCUUGGAGUUUGAUAUGGAAUUUCAUAAAUUAUUCAACACGUAAAAUGCAUUAUUUGGUAGUGGAUUUGCACCAAGCAAAUUUUUGUUCUUUAAUGUUUGACAAUGUAUUAAGUAUUUAUGUAAAUAAUAUAUUUACCCGAAACCUACCAUACAUACAUACAUACAUGCAUACAUGUUAUAUGUUUCAC